UUCUUCCCCCCGCCCGUGUGUGCAGAGUGAGCUGAGCUCGUGGAGUCAGAGGAGACCGAUUUUGUAUUUAGAAAGUAGGCAAAGUAGAACAAUAGAGAAAGGUGUUGAGAAGCACAGAAAGGGCGGUUAUGGGGACAGCAGUGGUUUAGAGAGCACAGGGUGUGUGGGGGCAUCUGAAGACGGGAAAACGCAGAGGGGAGGAGGAGGAGAAGGAGGAGAGACGGCGUGUGAGGCGGUGAGUCAGGCUGAAGCAGCUCUUUAACGGCGAGGGGAAACGGAUCAGGAGCUGACCAUGAUGAUGAUGAUGUGCUGUGUGUCAUGGCCAACGGGACCGGUGCGAUCAUGUUGAAGUGUGUGGUGGUCGGCGACGGCGCCGUCGGCAAAACUUGCCUCUUGAUGAGCUACGCCAACGACGCGUUUCCCGAGGAAUAUGUGCCCACUGUGUUUGAUCAUUACGCAGUGAGUGUGACAGUUGGGGGAAAGCAGUAUCUUCUUGGGCUGUAUGACACUGCUGGUCAGGAGGACUAUGAUCGCCUCCGUCCUUUGUCUUACCCCAUGACGGAUGUCUUCCUGAUUUGUUUCUCGGUGGUGAAUCCAGCCAGUUUCCAGAACGUGAGGGAGGAGUGGGUCCCUGAGCUGCAGGAGUAUGCACCCAACGUCCCCUACCUGCUCAUUGGCACUCAGAUUGAUCUGAGAGAUGACCCCAAGACUAUCACCAAGUUGAAUGAUGUGAAGGAGAAGCCCAUAGUGACAGAACAAGGGCAGAAACUGGCGAAGGAGAUUGGUGCCUGCUGUUACGUGGAGUGCUCAGCCCUGACACAGAAAGGCUUGAAGACAGUGUUUGACGAGGCCAUUAUCGCCAUUCUGGCUCCCAAGAAAGGUGUGUUAAAGCGACGUCUCGGUCCACGGUGCAUCAACUGCUGCCUUAUCACGUGA